CCCUAAGGCAAGUGAUGCGCGCAAAUGUGUCCUUAGUCGGCUUUGCUUAGCGUUUAUCCGUCAUCGCUACUCUCGUCUGGAAUGAAGACAGCCGUCGUUUUCGCACUGUCUAUUGUCGCGCUCACCUGGGCCUAUCCACGACCGGGUGGCAGGGAUGCCAGAGGAUGCAGCCGUGGGUGUCCGCUCCUCAUGGAUCAAGUGUGUGCCUCUAAUGGCCACACUUAUGCCGGUGAAUGUGCAAUGGAAGUUGCAGGCUGUAUCAACGGAGAAGAGUUGACUGUGUUGCACAGAGGGCCAUGCAAAGGCUACAGGUCAAGAGCAGCAUUCAAGCUCAUCCAACUUAAUAGAAAGUUUGAGUUCCUCCAGAAGUGCAGAGUUCUUGUUGAUUUGUGUGCGGCUCCUGGAGGAUGGAUGCAAGUUGCAUCACAGCACAUGCCAGUCUCCAGCCUCAUCAUAGGAGUGGAUCUAUACCCUAUUCGUCCAAUACCUAAGACAGUGGUCUUGCAAGAGGAUAUCACAACUGAAAAAUGUCGCAUGACCUUGAAACGAGAGCUUCAGACAUGGAAAGCAGAUGCUGUCCUUCAUGAUGGAGCACCCAAUGUUGGAAAGAACUGGAUUCAAGAUGCAUUCUCUCAAAAUGAACUGGUGCUGAGUGCUCUUAAGCUGGCAACAGAGUUCCUCAAUAAAGGAGGAUGGUUUAUCACAAAGGUAUUCCGCUCGAAGGAUUACCAGAAGGUCUUGAAGUUCUGUGAAAAAUUCUUUAAGAAGGUCCAUGCAACAAAGCCCCAGGCAUCUCGUAAUGAGUCUGCAGAGAUCUUUGUCAUAUGCCAAGGAUACCAACCCCCAGAUAAAUGGGAUCCAAAAAUGUUUGAUCCCAAGAUAGUAUUUGCUGAAGAGCACAUGGAACCUAAAGUUCGUUUGAACCUGGCACACCCAGAAAAGGAGAAAAAGAAGGCAGAGGGGUAUCCUGAAGGUGACUUGAGCUUGUAUCAUCGUGUUCCUGUAUCAGCAUUCAUCAAGCGAGGCAAUUACAUUGAGUUGCUGACAUCUGCAUCUGAAUUAUACUUUGACGAUGAAGAGAUUUCAAAGAAUCCAUUGACGACCAAUGAGGUGAAGGAGUGUUGCAGAGACAUCAAAGUAUUGGGUAGGGCUGACUUGCGACUCCUUCUCAACUGGCGCAAGAAGAUGCUGCAGGAGUAUAGGAAAAAAGAAGGAGAGGAGGAAAAUGAACCAGAGGAGGAAGAGGAGGAUGAAGAGGAGAAAGUUAAAAAUGAAAUAGCUCAUUUGAAAAAGGAAGAAAAAAAAGAAGUUAAGAAGAAAAGGAAAAAAGAAAGGAAGAAGGCAAGACAGUUCCAGAGGAAAGUGGACAUGAAAAUGGAGAUGCCAAAUGCUGAACCUCUCCAGCAAGACGAAGCUGAUCUUUUUCGUCUGGCACAUUUACGAAACAAGCAGGCUGUAGACGAUUUGGGGAAAAUGGACAUGGAUGCUGCUAAGGAAAAGGAGGAGAAGGAGGAGGGUGGUGAGGAAGAGGAAGGAGAGAAUCUCAUGCCUAAAUACACAAAAUACUCAGUGGAUGACAAGAGAUUGAGCAGCAGUGGCAAGUACUACAAAGCAGAAGGAGAGAGUGACAGUGACAUCCAAGAUUCCUCUGACGAAGAUGAAGACACAGAUGAAGCUGAAGAUGAAGGAGAGACUUUGAAACUAGUGACAAAAGGAAGGGAUGGGGAUUCCUCAGAGGAGGAGGAGGAAGAAGAUGAAUAUGAAGAGACAAAUCCUCUGCUUGUUGAUGUCAUGUCAAAGGAAGAGAAGCGAGCUUUCAGGGCUCAGAGUUGGUUUAACAGGGACGUGUUCAAGGGAGUUGAGCAAGAACUGGAUGAAGACGUAGAGUUGGAGGCACUGGAGAAGGAGUAUUUGAAAAAGGGGCAACAGCUGGCAAGCAAAGAGAAGGAGAAGGAACAGGCAGGCACUUCACCCUCACAUGACCUUGAGGAAAAUGAUGAUGGGAAAGAGGAGAAAAAACACAGCAUUGGAGAGGGGUCAUCUGAUGUAGAGGAGGAAGAGAACAAUUCCCUAGCAAUAGGUUCGGGCCAAGGGUCACUGGUGGAGACAACAUCUGCAAAGAAGCGGAAGAUGGGAGAGGAAAAAGAGGAGGUGAAGACUGCACAGGGUACUUCAAAGAAGAUCAAGAAGAAGAUGAAACUGGAUGCAGCUGGAAUGGCUCUUGGUUCCAUGAUGAUACGAUCUGAAAAGGCUAAAAGAGACAUCCUAGAUGAUGGGUGGAAUCGGUUUGCAUUCAAUGACAAGGGCUUGCCAAACUGGUUUAUUCGCAAUGAGGAAAAGCAUAAUCGAAAACCCCCCCCUGUACCCAAGGAACUGAUUCAGGAGUAUCAGAACAAGCUGAAAGACAUCAACGUGAGGACACUGAAGAAAGUUGUAGAGGCCAGGGAAAGAAAGAAAAAAAGGGCAAAAUCUAAAUUAGAGAGGGCUCGAAAAAAAUCUGAAACCAUCACUGACAACAUGGACAUGUCAAUGAAGGAAAAAGCACAAGCAAUUCGCCAGAUUUAUAAGCGGGCAAUGAAGCAGAAGAAGAAGGAUGUGACUUAUGUGGUGUCCAAAAAGCAUCAGUUAUCGAAGAGAGGAAACAAGCCAUCGCAUGUGAAAGGCCCAUAUCGGAUUGUAGACAGACGGAUGAAGAAAGACCAACGAGGGAAAAAGAAGACAGAAAAGGCUCAAUGGAAGAAGGUGGCACAAAGGAGGAGGAAGAAUGUCCAUUCAUGAUAAAAC